AUGCGCUGUGGUGAACUUUCAGACCAAACGCAGUUUCAAUUGCCCAUGAUCGAUGUGAUGUUGAAGCUAAUUAGUACUUUUAAUUUCUACUCCUCCGGAUUGUUGGGUAAAAAGCGGUUUCAGGGACCUGGACCGUGGACGAAGACUUGUGUAGCACGGACCUGCAAGGGAUCGCACCAGAAGGAAACCUUGAUCAAUGUUAUCGAUUACCCGGGGCCAACCCUGCCACUAAAGCCCCAUUUUGAUUCGAGGAUCGGGAAUGAUUCCAAGGAGGACGGCGAUAGAGUGGUGGUAACCGGGCUCGGGGGCCCGGCCAUCGUCGAGGAAUUCCUGGUGAGCAACUCAGGCGCGGAUGAGGCAGAAGACGAAUGGAAUCGAUGGAUAUGCGUCCAGCUGAAGUUGCGUGGAGUGACAAGCGGAGCUCCCACGACGGCCUCGUUGUUGGAGCAGCCGUGGGAGAAGGAGGAGGCUGGCUGGCUGGCUGGCUGGGCUCAUCGUGGAGAAACUAUACACACCGACCCAGAAAACUUUCCGCUGUGCUUUUGA